GUUUUGUUUUCAACCUCUUCGUGCGUUUUUCUCUGAAGUGCUAGUGCGAGUUCCUCACAAAUCUCAAGGUAAAUUCCGCAAUGCUGCGCAAAAAGCUCAAACUGACCGAUCCGUCAGAUCAGGAAUUCGGCCUCAACGUCGUCCAGCCGUCCGAAUUUUCAUUGAACACCUUCAUCAACGAACCGAGGCCCAAACUGCAAUUGGCACCAGUCACUCUUACCUCGCCCCAUUUCGCCGGCAAUCCUCAAAAUCAGCACCUUCCCCCCGUCGAACCGGAACAAUCGCCUCCGCUUUGGCGUCGCGUGUAUCAGCUGGAGCUCGAGCUGUGCGAAGCUUUGCUGCAGAUUCCGCUGCCCUCGGACGUGGCGGCCACUUACAAUCCCAUUGAAUACGCGGCCGAACUGCACUUGGCCUACAUGCAGCGCUUUCUCACGGGCCACAAACCGGUGCUCUUUCUCGGCAUGAACCCCGGACCGUGGGGGAUGUGCCAAACUGGGGUGCCUUUUGGAUACGUUCCGGCGGUUCGCGAUUGGAUGCAAUUGAGCGGCCAAGUGCUGAAACCGAUUGGGGAAUUGGCCGUACGACCGGUGACCGGACUGGAGUGUACCCGUGGCGAGCAGAGUGGCCAACGCUGGUGGGGACUGUAUCAGGAGCUGUGCGGGGCACCGGAGAAUUUCUUCCGAAAUUGUUUCGUGUUCAACAUUUGCCCGCUGGCGUUUUUCCACGCGAGUGGCAAGAAUAUUACACCGGCGGAGUUGAAGGGCACUGCCAAAACCCGCAUGCAGGACGUCUGUUCCGAGUACCUGUUGCGAGCGCUGCACCUGUUCGGGCCCACGGUGAUCGUGUCCAUCGGUCGGUACUGCGAAGACCGAGUCAAACUGCUGGUCCGGCAGAAUCUACUGGACGCGAGUCGAGUUCGCCUGUUGUGCAUUCCCCACCCUAGCCCACGCAGUCUGAACAACACCAACUGGGCGGAGAAGGCUCGCCAGUGGCUUGUGGAUAACGGGGUCAUGCCGUAUCUGAUGCCCUGAGGGUAGAACACGAAGAAACUUCCCCAAACAGUGAGAGAGAAAAAGUACAAAUUUUAUGCGUGUUUGUGUUUGUCUACAACCGAAUAUGGAUCACUUCAUGGAGCAAGCCCUGGAUCAGGCACGGAAAGCGGAACAGCUGAAAGAGGUCCCGGUGGGAUGUGUGUUUGUGUAUCGCGGAGAAAUUAUCGCCAACGGGUGCAAUCUGGUGAAUGAAACGAAAAAUGCCACCCGCCACGUGGAGUUCAUUUGCAUCGAUCAGGUGCUGGAGUACUGCAAAAACCGGUCCUUGAAACACGAGGACGUCUUCCGAGAAGUGACGGUGGUCGUAACGGUAGAACCGUGCAUUAUGUGUGCCGCCGCCCUAAUCGAGCUGAACGUGCGGGAAGUCAUCUACGGGUGUAAGAACGAUCGAUUCGGAGGCUGUACCGUGCUGGAUGUUCCGGGGCUCCUCAAGACUAGCAUUCCUAUACGGGGAGGCGUCAGGGCCGACGAAGCAAUGGAACUACUGAAGGAAUUUUACAAAGGUGAGAACCCCUCGGCGCCCGUCCCCAAGGUAAAAAAUCAAAAAUAAUAAUCAUUUUAUUAACUUUA